AUGUCUGCGAGUUCUUUGGGUUCUAAGCGUGCUGUUUACGAUAUAUGGCCAUUGAAAAACAAAAAGUUCUUCGUUCUCGCAGACCCUCAGAACAUAUUAGGAGAAACAACUGAUAAUCUUGCCACCAUUCAAACAAUCUCCUAUCUUUUAAAGAAAAAAGGUGCUGUUGUGGUGGCCUCAUCUUUUGGUCCGCUGAGUGGAAUUCCAUUGAACUUACCGCGAAAACAACGCGAAGAUGCAAUUGAAGCUUUUCACCGUGAAGGUGGAAUGGGGUACAGUAACUACUUUUUUAAUGUACCUUCACGUCAAAAGAUGGAGAUACUUAAGGCUGUACCAGGGUAUGAGAUUCCAGCCACUUGUUCUGUUAAUUGUAAUACUGGAAAGACUCAGGCAUUCUGUGAAUUGUCAAUAGAAGAAAAGGCAGCAGCAUUACGUAGUGUGGUACCAAAGGAAAGUUUUGCACCAGUUUCAACAUUUCCAUUUGUAGAAGCUCUCUCAAAUCAUUUACCUGGGGUAAAUGUUAAGUUUGCACCUGAUUGCCUACGAGCUCCAAUACAUCAAUUGGAACCUGGAGAAAUAUUAGUUCUGGAAAACUUACAAUUUUACCAUAAUGAAACUUCUCCAGAUUGUGGAGAACGAAGGGCAAUGGCUGAAGUUUUUGCCGCGGAUAUUGAUGUAUUUGUUAACGAAUCAUUUGUUACCGCUAGUAAAGAAUAUGCAAGUAAUACAGCGUUACCAAAAAUUCUUCAUCAUGGUGCAGCUGGACUUUCUAUGGAACGAGAAUUAGCUUUUUUCUCAAAAUUGCUUACACAUCCACCCAGACCUAUUGCGGUAGUUGUUGCAGGAACACAUAUUCCAGAGAAACUUUUAAUGAUACGUAGUUUAAUGGGUAAGGUGGAUAAAAUUCUUAUUGCAGGUGCAUUAACUAUGCCUUUUGUGGCAGCCAAGGGAUUGAGUGUUGGAAAAUCUUUUAAUGGAUCAGAAAUUGUAAAACGAAAAUUUUUUAACUCUCAUGGAGGAAUUUUGGAAGAAGAAACUGUUAGUUGUACACAAUUCGCAGAAGAAAUUAUUGGUUUAUGUGAAAAGUAUGGUGUAGAACUUGUAUUGCCUGUAGAUCAUGUCGUAACAAAGCGAUUAACAAAAGCAAAUGAAAGUUCUGCUGUUAUUGUGGAAUCUGUGGCUAUACCUUCUGAUGUUUAUGCAGUGGAUUGUGGUGCUAAUACGAUUGCACUUUUUGCAAAAUAUAUUCGAGAAUCCCAAUGUGUAUUUUGGACUGGUACAUUUGGAUGGACAACAUUGGGAUAUAAUGAAGGAACUCGUGCUUUUGCUUCUGUUCUGGCACAGGAGCGAAAACUUUCUAUCAUUGGUGGACGAAGUACUGCCCGUUUUGUCCAACAACUUGGAUUAUCCUCAGCGUUUUCACAUAUCUCUAGUGGUGGGGUAUCGUGUUUGGAGGUUCUUCAGGGACAUCUUCUCCCUGGCGUGGAGGCGCUUUCGGAUGUGUCUCCGUUAGUGGAUUCGAAGAGCACUCUCUCUGUGGAUGAACUCCUGCGAAAUCUUCCUCUCUUUUCUGGAUGUACAUCCCAUCAAUUAAAUGCAGCCGCAAGAAAAUUUGUUCGUCGAUCACAUGCUCGUGGGGAUUAUUUGGCCUAUCAAGGGGAUCGACAUGUAUCGAUGUGGGUAGUCGCACAAGGAGCUUUGGUUGCCCACGCGGGUGAGAAUACAUUAACUAUUCCAUCACGAUUUAUUGGAAGAGGUCAAACUGUUGGGAUGUAUGAUUUUAUUACGCAAGGAUUCGCUGCAGAAACGGUACAAGCAGCAUCCAAUGAUACGGUAACAUAUCAACUCACAUCAUCUUCUUUAAAUGAUCUUCUUAACGAACACCCAGACUUGGCAGCUCAAUUUUUUCAAAAUAUAUCCGAACCACUACGUAUUAUGGCAAAUGAGGAAUAUCAUAAUUUGUGUUCUAUACCAGAAAUUGUAAGACGUGCAGCAUCUUGUUCACGUACACCAAUUCCAUAUCCUGUACCAAAAGAUUGGGGAUUAAUGGAGGAUAUUAUACAAGAUAUCAUAUCAACCGUUGCUUUACAACGUUUUACCCUUCAAUAUAUGCCGUAUACCCCUAUUGAUAUAAAUUGUAAAAAAGAAUUUCUAUGGGAACGAAUAAUCUCUUAUAACGGUUUAACGCAUGUUCUUUGUGGAGCUGUGGUACGAGAUUUGGUUUAUCAUUGGUUUACUAAACUUGGUUUGAUACCAGCAUCUCUUAUCUCUUCUAUUGCUAUGUCUCCUUUUCGUUUGAUGGCGAUGGGUACACAUUGGAGUGCUUUAACAUAUCAAGCACUAUUAGAUGAAGCAUUGGUUUCUGCAGCCGUUAGUUGGGUACCACUGGCAGCACACGGCAGUUUUCUUUUUUUACAACGUCGUUUAGAACGACUUCAACGACGCAAAUGCUCUCGGGUUGUACAGAUACUAAUUACCUCCAUGGUUAAAGUAUUAAUUGGUGUUAUGGUUUUCCCAAUUGUGUUUCGUCGUAAUCGUGAGAUGAAUCGUACGACGCUUCUUAAUGUGUUUAGAGGCGAAGCUUUUAAAUCAUACGAACUAAAGCAAGUAAUUUCACUAUUACUGCGCUGUAUUGUGCACUUACUGCUAGUGAUGAUUCGGCGUAUAUGUAAGUACUCUGUAAAGAACCACUAA